AUGGCACAUCUUUUAACUUCAAGGUUUCGAACAAUUUUAUUAAAGCGCCUAGGAUUAAUAAUUUUACUAGUUGUAUUUCUGAAACUAAUCCAUUUCCCUUUCUUGGAAUCAAAUGGAGGAGAAGUUGUAGAAAGAGCUAAUGUUGCCUUCAGAGAGGCUUAUUCUUUGUCAACCUUUCAUGUAAUUAAUAAACUACAGAAAAAUUCCCAAGAACCUCAUUCUAAAAACAUACUAUUUCCAAAACUGGCUAAUAAAUUUCCUGAAGACAUGACUAACGUGAUUGAAAAUUGGGAAGCUGAAGAGACCAGUAAAGAACAGAAAUGUAGAACUAUGAUUGAAUUGAUGUAUCUAAUCACUCCAACUUGGACAAAUGAUGAAAUUACAAAAUUUCAUAAUAUUGACGAAUUAGAUAAUCUAAUCAUUUCAUUGAUGGGUGAAAGAUUAAGAAUAUAUGAUUACUGUUUUAUGUCAGGAAAUCUUGACAUAAAAAAUGUAUUGGAUGCUAAAAGGUUAAGUUUGGAUACUCCUAUUGAUAUAAGUGAUUUCCAACAUAGAAUGUUUCCAUUUCUAAAAGAAAUUAGAGCAGAAACUGAAUAUUUUUGGCCGACUAUUACAAAUUUAAGAACUAAUACAACAGUUCCAAUACCAAACUUUGAACAACCUCAGAUGGACUUUAAUCUCAAUUUUUGGAAAAAUUGGAGCAAAGCAGCUAGUGGAAAAGGAAUAGUAAUUACAAUGGGAGAGAGGGAUAAACCAAUGUUAUUUAAGUUAUUAAGAGUACUAGAGUUUCAGGAUAAUAAAUAUCCGAUACAGAUAGUUACCUCAGGUAAUGAAUUAUCAAGGGAAUUUAUAAAUGAAAUUCAUGACGAGUUGCAAAGAAUAAAACAAGAUGUUUACUUGGUGGAUUGUGGCUCUCUCUUAGAUCCCCAUUAUUCUAAGGAUCUCAUAAUUAAUUUUUUGAACAAAUGGUUGGCAGUAAUAUUUAAUACGUUUGAAGAGGUCAUAUUUCUAGAUGUUGAUGUAAUUCCCUUCGUAGAUAUGGAUUAUUUCUUCGAUAAUGAAGAGUACAAAUCAAGUAAUUUGCUGCUAUAUAAGGACAGAGUUAUGUUACAUGAAUCAACGUAUCCCCACUGUAUAGAUAUGUUUCAUGAAGUUGAACCAUCAAGGGAGGAAUCAGCUGUAUUAGGCACAAAAAUUCUGUUCGAUUCAAGGACGAAAGAGUUUGAUCAUAAUUCUCAAGUCGCCAUGACAUUUAGAAACUUUUUCCGGAAGCUACAGCUUCACCAUGUUGAUAGUGGCUUGAUAGUAGUUAAUAAAAUGGAAAAGUUAAAUGGUCUUUUAUUCUCCUUUAUGUUACACUUAGAUGCGAAAGUGAGAAGGUGUGUGUAUGGUGAUAAAGAAUUAUUUUGGAUUGGACAACUUUUCGCCGGUCAAACUUAUAGUAUAGAUAAAAUUGAUAGCGGGCUAAUUGGACCUGUUAUAGAAGGUGUUGAUGAGAAGACAAAUAUGAAAAAGUUUCAAAUAUGUGCCACCCAAAUGUCCCAUAGUGAUGCAAAUGGUGACUUAGUAUGGACAAAUGGUGGGUUGAAGACCUGUAAAAUAAACGAUGCAGCUAAGUCAGAUUUCUUGAAUACACCUGAUUACUUCACUGAUAGGUAUGAGACAGAAGAAGUUCUACGAAGAAUUUAUGAAUCACCUUUGAUGAUAGAAGGGCUCAUUAUUCCAGAUGUUAAAGUUGAAUCGUGGUUACAGAUAAGAGAAUGUGCCAACUAUUUUUACUGCGCAAGUGCGCUGUUUAGUGAAACAGAUACUUCGAAUAAUGUUGGGCAAUUCAAAAAAUUCGAUGAACAAGAAAAAGCCAAAUUCAAUAAAAUUUCAGAACUUUGGAACAGUUGA